AUGACCAAAUAUUUAUUAUUAUCCCCGUCUCUUAUAAUUACUGUAAUUCUUCGAAGGAGAAGCAGCCGUCAUCGUAGUCUGAAGUCAACCUCCGGACCGGAGGCUUUCUCCUACUCCAUUAAUGCGCACGAAUAUUCAGACUCAGAGUCGGAUGCUGGGAAAUACACACCACUCGCUCUUGUUUUCGGAUUAUCGGUUAUCGGAUCCAUUUUCCUCGUCCACUCAACAAUCGCAACGCAACGCAAUUCAAACCCGGCGAACCACCCUCCAAACCUCCGAGUCGAGUUCAAGAGUCAAAAGGACCGCAAGACCGCACCGCCCACCGCUCACAAUAAUUAA